AGCCUGACUGUAUAAAAGGACCUCCACCAUAACCAGAUGAUAUGAAGCUGCAUCCUGACGGGAUACGCCAUAACACAACAAGAUGAAGAUCUCUGGGAGUUUUAUGCUGUUGCUGCUGCUCGGCUCCGUCUCCGCACAGGACAUUACUCAAUGCAGACUGACUUCUCCUCCAGACAUCUACGCUGCUCUGAGAGACCUGACCGCCUCGCUGGUCCAGCUGAAGGCCAACAUUGCUACAGACCGAGCCCAGCUGUGGGCUGAAGUGGACAAGCUGAAGCAACAAAAGCCAGUCCUACCAGUUGCAUUCUCAGCCUCUCUAACAGUUGAAGGUGAACUAUUUUUUGGACCCGUUACCUUGGACACUCCCCUGAUCUACAGAUACGUCCCCACCAACAUCGGAAACGCCUUCAACCCCUCCACAGGUGCGUUCACUGCCCCGGUGAGAGGAGCGUACCACUUUGAGUUUCAUAUCAAUGGACAUACCGGCCGCAGUACAGCAGCUUGGCUGGUCAAGAACUCACAGAACAUUUUUGCGGCACACGAGUCCCAGUCGGACGGGUUCAUGAGUUCUUCUAACGGCGCCAGCCUGCUGCUGGAGGCGGGAGACAAGGUGUUUGUGCGUUUGGCGGCUACAAGUCAAGUGUUUGACAACUACAAUCACCACAGCACCUUCAGUGGACACCUGCUGUUCCCCAUGUGAGACAGACACAGCAGCUCUGUGACAGGUUGUUGUUGUCUU